AUGUCUUACAACACCUCUUGGGACCACCAGUACUGCCUGUCCUGUGACCGGCAGACGGACGGUGCUACGUACUGCUCGGAAUCAUGCAGACUUUCGGAUUUCGACAAAUCCUCCACAACCUGCAGCACACCAAUCAGUUCACCUGGCCUGACGGGUUCCAACUUCAGCUGGACAAGCCCGAGGCCACAGACCAAGUUCUACUUGUCUCCAGCAUAUGACUUCAGCAACGCCCAGCCGUACGGGUCGACCCCUCAACCACAGCCCCUGUUCCGCCGCCACGAGUCAUUACCGUCUGUCGGCCAGCUCACCCCUUCGAGUUCAUACAGCAGCUUGAGCUCUAUGCAGAGCACAUCAUCUAGGGGUGGUGGUGAAGGUCGACAAUUAUCCGACAAGGCCAAGAAGCAACUCAGAGACUACGCCAGCUCGUUCAACAUCCAGCGCCGUCGAUCAUGCUAA